CCGUCGUCUCUCCCGCUUCCUUUGCAUCUUGUUUGAUUUUUAUUUUCAUUUUUUUAAAAUCUAUCGCUUUCCGUGCGGACCUUAGACACUGUGAACGUGUACGGCGCCCUGGAUCCAAAUGGGAGUUGUCGAUUUGAGUGGCAUCUUCAGCGGCAGCCGGGAGACUCCGAGUAGGAGGAAGGACUGAGGCAUUCGCAUUAUUAUUAUUUUUUUUCUUGCUACUGUUGCUGUUACUUCGGAGGUAGCCGGGAUCGUACCUUGCAGGAGCGUUUCCUACAUGCGAACGGCAUUCAUGACUCAGUAGAUCUGCCGAGUGCCAUCGUCGACCCUUCGCGUGUGAUUUUUUUUUUAACUAUUAUAUUUAUUUUUAUCCCCUCUUGGUCGCUGGGGACAGCGGCCCCCCGCCCGUCCCUGCUGCUCAGGUGCACGGAGGAGUUGGCGAAGCUUUUGGGCAAGGGGACCCGGCGCCGCUUGCGACCAUGGCAGCGCGGGGGCGAGACGCCGCCGCCGGGAAGUACUGCUGGGGAGUUUUCAUGGUUCUAUGCAGGACUGCAAUGGCGCGAUCCAUAGUUUUAGACCCGAUUUACUGGAAUUCCUCCAACCCCAAAUUCCUUCCUGGACAAGGAUUGGUACUAUAUCCACAGAUAGGAGACAAACUGGAUAUUAUAUGCCCAAAGGUGGACUCUAAAACUGUUGGUCAGUAUGAGUAUUACAAGGUCUACAUGGUUGAUAAAGACCAAGCAGAUAGCUGUGCUAUUAAAAAGGACAAUACACCCCUGCUCAACUGUGCCAAGCCAGAUCAAGAUGUUAAGUUUACCAUCAAGUUUCAAGAAUUCAGCCCUAAUCUCUGGGGUUUGGAAUUUCAGAAGAACAAGGAUUAUUAUGUCAUAUCAACAUCAAAUGGGUCUUUGGAGGGCCUGGAUAACCAGGAGGGAGGGGUGUGCCAGACAAAAACCAUGAAGAUCCUCAUGAAAGUUGGACAAGAUCCCAAUUCUGCUGGGUUACCUCGGAAUACAGAUCCAACAAAACGCCCAGAGCAGGAAGCUGGUACCAAUGGGAAAAGUUCCACGACGAGUCCAUUUGUGAAGGAUCAUUCAGGAUCUAGCACAGAUGGCAGUAAGGCUGGGCAUUCCAGUAUACUGGGUUCAGAGGUGGCCUUAUUUGCAGGGAUUGCAUCAGGGUGCAUCAUUUUCAUCGUCAUCAUCAUCACUUUGGUGGUUCUUUUAUUGAAGUACCGGAGAAGACACAGGAAGCAUUCCCCGCAGCACACCACGACUCUGUCACUUAGUACGUUAGCCACCCCAAAACGCAGUGGCAACAACAAUGGUUCCGAGCCCAGUGACAUUAUCAUUCCUCUAAGGACUGCAGACAGUGUCUUUUGCCCCCACUAUGAAAAGGUCAGCGGCGACUAUGGACACCCGGUGUAUAUAGUGCAAGAGAUGCCUCCUCAGAGUCCAGCAAACAUUUAUUACAAGGUCUGAGAAACACAGCACCAACUCUGUGGUACAGUUGAGUCAUAGAGGAAACUUACUGGUCAAAUGCUUUCUGUUGGGGUUUGUGAUGAUGCCUUGUGCGCUGGUAUUGACUCAAGCGCAGGGGAGAAAAGGCGGCAGCUGUUUCUCCGAGAGCCGACUUGAGCUGGACAGCUUACCUAGUCUGUAGAAUUCCUAUCUCGGUGAAUAAGCAUUCACUAAAAGCUGGAAGACUUUAAAGUAGAAGAUACCCAUUCUGAUUGCUGUACUCUUGUUACAUUCAUCAUCCUCAGAGCCAUGUGCUGCAGGCAUUCAGGCAUGUACAAAAGCCAAGGGAAGAUGGAGUGAUCCAUGGAUGUUAAUAGCUCUAGGCAUCCUGGGAAGGUGCUCUAGGAUAUCAAGCUUGAAAUGCAAUCUUCUGACUUUUGUGUGUCUCUCUCGGUGCAUACUGGAUUUGUCACCCAGACCUUGGUGUCUAAGUAAGACUUUUAACGUUCUCUUGCUUUUAGUCCGUCACUGUUCCAUUUAAAUCUGUUAUCUGGGGCUCUGCCAUCCUUCACGUAAAAUUUCCUUUCACUCCACCUCCUGAAUCACUAAAGGAACAUUAAUGUUUGGAGAUACGUGCUCCAUCCAUCUGCUACAGCAGCCUCAGUUGAAUGGGUAAUACAUUUAUAGAAAUUGUGUUUGAUAGCAGGGAGCCUUCCAGCCAAAAAGUUAAGGCUGUCGACAAAAUCAGGAGCAGGACUGGGUGGUGGAGGGAAGGGCUGGCUGCCCUUGCAGCUGAUAUUGCUGCCUCGAAAGCAGAAGCCGGGGAGGAGAAACCCUUUAGGUAGCGCCGCACUUGGGCACGCUGAGUUUCAGGAGGCCACUAGGAGACACAGUAACACGCGCAGAGGAUUAGGGCUGCACUUGAAGGAAUUCGUGGUCAUCAAAUAACCAGUGGGCAGAAAAAAAAACAGCACCUUCAAUACAGUAGAACAAAGGGGUAUUGUUAGUAAAUGAGCGAGCUUGGAGAGGACAAGACAGUAGUAGGCCACUGAGGAUAUAUUAGGGCAGGGCUGUUGUGGUACUGGCAAUAAAAUGUACAGCUUUGAAGCUGUAGCAAAAAUGAGGUCUGCUGCGGAUGACUUUUAAGCAGACUCAGCUGCUAUACUAUCACAUUAUACUAAACACAGGGAAAGCAUUUAAGAAAAUAGCAGA